UCAAGCAACACUGAUGAGAAACAAUGUAAAUGCUCUAAAUAUGGAAAAACAUCUGGUCACAUGAACAACUCAGAGCAACAAAAGGAGAGGCGAGCAAGCAGGAAACCAUUUAGUUGCUCUGACCGGAGUAAAACACAGAAACAGAAGAGCACUCUGAACAAGCACAUGAUAAUUCAUACAGGACACAAAAAAUUUGGCUGUUCUCAAUGUGGUCGAAGAUUUGGAGAAAAGGGCACUCUGAAAAGACACAUGAUAAUUCAUACAGGAGAAAAACCAUUUGUCUGUUCUGAGUGUGGUAAAAGAUUUGGACUAAAGAGCCACCUGAACAGACACAUGAUAAUUCAUACAGGACAAAAACCAUUUUGCUGUUCUGAAUGUGGUCAAAGAUUUGGGCAAAAGAGCAGUUUGGACACUCACAAGAUGAUUCAUACGGGACAGAAACCAUUUGUCUGUUCUGAGUGUGGUAAAAGAUUUAGACGCAAGAGCCACCUGAACGAACACAUGAUAAUUCAUACAGGGCAAAAGCCAUUUGUCUGUUCUGAGUGUAGUAAAAGAUUUAGACACAAGAACCACCUGAAUGAACACAUGAGAAUUCAUACAAGGCAAAAACCAUUUGUCUGUUCUGAGUGUAGUAAAAGAUUUAGACACAAGAGCCACCUGAACGAACACAAGAGAAUACAUACAGGGCAAAAACCAUUUGUCUGUUCUGAGUGUGGUAAAAGAUUUGGACAAAAGAGAAACCUGAACAAACACAUGAGAAUUCAUACAAGGCAAAAACCAUUUGUGUGUUCUGAGUGUGGUCAAAGAUUUGGCCACAAGAGCAGCCUGAACACACACAUGAGAAUUCAUGCAUCCAGCAAAGAACACCAAAGCAAGCCAGCCUCUCACACAAAAGGAGAAGUAGGAGUCAAACACCACCCCAACAAAUUAGGAGUUAGGCACUGCCCCCCCAAAAAGGAGUAUCAUCCACCGCCCCAAAAAAUUAGAAGUCACUCGCCAACAAGACCACAAAACAGUAUACAGAUGCACCCAGACCAGGAGCAGUGGGAAUUAAAGAUUUCAAAAGAUUCAAAGAUUCAAAGAAAUUUUAUUGUCAUAUGCACAGAACAGAAGAGCAUCUUCCCUGCACAAUGAAAUGUGGCUACUGCAUUUAACCCAU